AUGGCUACGUCUUCUGCAACAGACAACGAGGGUCUUCGUGUCACACCGCUUCCUCUGCUUGCACUGUCUCGUCUGGCACUCAUCACUGACUCUCGGACCAUAUCUCACAAUAAGACGAACAUGGUUUCCAUCAAAUACUCUCUGCUUGCCGCCAUUUUUGGCUCAUCUGUUCUUGCAGCGGACUGCUAUCCCAGCAACAAGCCCGAUGGGCUUACGCUCGCCCAAUAUAGACAAGUUGCGAAUCAGGUCUGCAACAGCGGACCAAGCGCCAGCGUUGUAUUUGACUACGGCUCGUGGCCCAGUUACACCAAGAAAGUCAUUGAAGCAAACUACAGCGGUAAUGCUAAGGUUCACUGCAAGGAAGCAUUCGACAACAUCAUUUCUCAAUGUGUGAGUGGGAACAACAAGAACGGGGGAUCUUGGACAUGGAAUUAUAACGGAGUGAACGAGAAGUACUACAUUCAAGGGUACCAAAGUUCUUAG